UGAAGAAAAGAAAAUCACCACCCUUCCCCAGUUUGGUUUUAGGCGAAUGACGCUGCUCAUGUAUAUCCCUGUGGGUUGUGUGUGUGAAGCACCUGAUUGAACUCAUUCCUGCCUAGCCUGCAUGCCGGCGUUGACUCUUCUUUUUUUUUUGUUCUAUCGUUGAGCUGGUCAGCGAGCUACAACCGAAAUCCAAUACAUGUACUGUGCAGUAGUUGUAGCAAUAGCAGCAGAAAUCACACUGAUUGGCGAUACUGUCUGUGCUGGUGAUGAUGAAUUUUUGAUCUUGAACUGCUGAUCGCUCUGCUCCGGCAAGUCCUUAUCUUUGCGGAAUGGCUGCCAAAAGCAUAUCCGAACGACAUGACCAGGUUAUGAAAUGGCUGCAAGACACUCUCGGAGAGACUCCAUCGUUCGAGGUCAACGAGACCACCGUUGGCGCUCUGUACGAUGUGAUGACUAAGUCAGUCUCGGCUAACACGCGUGCCGUGCUGCUUGGCGAUGAUGCAAAGCAACGGUCUAAGGAGUAUGGCAAGGAAUGCGUUCGUCUGUCUGGUACACUGAGUCGCAUUGGUCUCCGAGCGGAUAUGUUGGACAAGCCGUCCACCGCAGCUUUAGACUCUCUGGCGUCGGUAGCGGAGAGUACAGAACUAAGAGAUGUUCACUUGCCUACCUUUCACGUUGGUCUGUCACAGCUGUGUAGUGCAGUGGAGGAUGAGAACAUAGCCAGCGUAGACCUGCGCCAGCGCCAGCAGGAGAUCAUUGCACGCACCAAGCAGGCCCUGGUGCAAAUCAACACACUCAAACAAAUGCAUGCUCGGCUCGCCCAGAAGACCACUGCCGAUGCAGAGACCAGUGCCCGCUCUCAGCAGGAGGUAGCCUUUUGUCAUGCCAAGGCGCAGCAGUACCAGCAAGAAAUCACAGGCCUUCAGGCAAAGCUGCGCGACAGUGGAUUUCAGGAAGACAUUGAGCACCAGAAGCUUGUUCAGCAAGCUGCUGAUCUUGAACAGCGGAGGGAGCUGCUUCGACCGCUCAAGGCAAAGCUCCAGUCAUUCCACAACUUACCAGCCGACUUGCGCCUGUCUACAGUGAAACUUGAACAGCUACGUCAAGAAGUGGAGUCACUCGAGAAGCAACUUUCGUCCAGUAUUAACCUCAUGAACAGUUGAAUGGUAACAGUAGCUAUUCCACUUGUUUUGGGCGUGUUGUGCCCACCCUGCUAUUCCACUUGUUUUGGGCGUGUUGUGCCCACCCUGCUAUCGAUACCACUGCUGCACGUGCGCAUAUACAUUACACAAUAUUUGGACAUUGUGAAUGCACACCCUGAGCUUUUCACCAGCACUGAGCAUACUCUUAUCCUUGCUGUAAGUGUGUACAACCAGCCACCAACGACUGGCAUUGCCUUGUCUAAAAGAACAGCAAAGGCCAUUUUGAAAUAUCAGCACCCCGUGAUCGCAGGGUGAGUUAGUUCUCCACUGUACAUGUACUACUUUGCUUUUGGGCAGAAUGCUCAUCUAUCAGAAAUCUACUUGAGCCAACUUGACAUACAGUUGAACAUCGAUUAUCCGACCACCUCUGGGCAGACAACUGUCAGGCGGUGUUCAGAUAAGGCAAAUGUUCCGGAUAAGAAACAUGUACAUGUACAUGUACGACCUUUUUACUUUUCAAAAUUUUCGUAUUUUUUGAAUGGCUCACUACAUGCACAGUGCGUACUCUACGGCACGUGCGCCCGAAAAAACUGUUACGGAUAAUCGAAUGGUCGGAUAGUCGAUGUGCGGAUAAUCGAUGUUCAACUGUAAUGCAAACCUUUUUGCUAUGCUAAUUGUGUACUCUUGUUUUCAUAUUCCAUUCUCUCUCUCUCUCUCUCUCUCUCUCUCUCUCUCUCUCUCUCUCUCUCUCUCUCUCUCUCUCUCUCUCUCUCUCUCUCUCUCUCUCUCUCUCUCUCUCUCUCUCUCUCUCUCUCUCUCUCUCUCUCUCUCUCUCUCUCUCUCUCUCUCUCUCUGUAUUAACUAGUGGUUGUGUCACCAAAUAUUAAUGAGUAUUGUGAUGUUGAAUAUUGCACAUUGAAGUACUGCAGUAGUGAUCAAUCAAAUGCAGAAUCA